GUAUUACAAAAUCAGGGGGUAACUGGACCUCUUAAUGAGUACCUCGAAAGAUUUAAAAAUGAAAAACAUCCCGAGCCUAGCAUUGCCUCUCUACGGUAUUGUUGAUCGUCGGAAGUAAACAGACAGGAAUUUCCAACCAUUCUACCAUUGUCAGGAUUAUCGAGUUUGAACAAAUUUCACUUUGUUCUACUAGGAGAUAGAUUCUUUUCAAGGAAUUUGAGUCAAAAUGAUUGGGACAAGUGAAUAGCAACUUUACAAUGGAGACGGCAGAGGAAACUGGUAUUCAGGAGAGAGAGGAUAUGGUGAAUGGUCAAAGGGAGCUAACUCCUAGUCAUUCUGAAGAUAUCAUUAGGGACAUGCAAAAAGUUGAAGAAAGUUCUGAUAAAGUUAAAAAUCAUGUUCAAAUUAAUAAAGCAACAAAGAAUGGUUUAAGUGAAAGUGAAGGGGUAAUGUCAAAGUUAUCUGAAAGACACGGAGAGAAAAUAUCAUGUGUAAAAACUGUUGAUGCUAAAAAAAUAGAAGAAGAUGAUCAGGCCAAGUCAGCUUCAGAAAAAAUUGUCCCCAAUGAAAUAAUGCGCCAUAUCGUUACUAUACCCGUCCAGAAAAUAGAGGAAGGAGAUGACCUUGACAUUUAUGAUGACCCUGGGGAAUCUGGAGAAGAUUUGGAUGAUGUCGAGCAGCAAAAUAAAACAUGUCAGGCGCCAACAGAUGAAAAACUGAAAAUACCACCACCUAUAUUACGAAACUCUGCCAUUCUUAAUACAUCUGAUGCUCUUGAGCGUGAAAACACAGGAUUUUCUGAAAACACUGUGAACUUUAGAGAGGAUCCUCUAAUUAAUGACGAGAAUAUUAAUCGAGUGACUUGGUCCGCUAUCAACAACCAUUAUGAUGAGGCCAGACAUCUCUCCGGGAUUCGUGGGAAGGCUAACACACCUGCCAGUUUAUACACCGACUUCUCCAUAGACUCAAGAAACACUUCUCGUGUGCCCUCAGAGUCUCGGGAGGCCAUGUACAGAAGAGCCAUGCAUCUGAUCACUGCCCGCUGUACUAGCACCGCCCCAGGAAUGGAGACCCCCUACGGCACCGCCAGAAACAACUCAGCCUUUGGGGUACAGGUCCCCCAGUACUUCUACAUCAAGCAGGAACGCCCCACCCCCAUGCCACCACUUAAGGCAUGGCAAGGCUACAAUGGAAAUGUGUAUUUUGAACCAAUUCACAUCUCCAGCAUCCGGGACUUUCCGGAAAAACCGAACAACCCUUACGAGUCACGAUCCAAUAGUGAACUUCAUCGCAUGCUGUUGUCCUCCCAGCAACAGGAGAGACCGGAUAGCGAUGCCAUGAGAACCUUGUCCAGAAACACUGGAAAAACCAGCAGCAGUCUUAAAAGUAGCAGACCCAACACUAAACAGGUGGUCAUGUUGGACAAGAAGAUGGUCCUCAAUAGCUACAAUGACAGUUUAAAUGACGAUCUUGACAUUAUAGAGGGCACGGAAAACACAGGUAGUCUCUCGGUCAGACCAAAGAGUGACCGAACCUUCGACAGAAAGCCCCAACCCGUCAAAGUGUACAAUAAGGAGAAAAUCUGCAAGGGAUCAGUGGUUCAUAAACUGAAUGUAUCCAGUCGGCAGAAUAGUGCAAGACCAGCUUUCAAAGUGAGUGGGGGCAAGUACUCUUGUCCCACGAACACCUCUCCCUUACUACGCACUCAGACGCAGUAUUCCCUUAGUAACCAAAGACUGACCACCAAUAGUCCGGAUAUGUACAGCCAACAGCUGUUACCUCCCCUGGAACAGCUCCGGACGGCGGUCAGACACAUGGAUACGAUCAGCAAGGACAGGGUGGGCUUCGGCCGGAUCCGACCGGUCACUUACACGGAGGACUUCAAACCAUUCAUUAAGUACAAUCAAGAUGCCAAGCGACAAACAAACUUUGUGUAAUGUAGUGUCCUUUUUGUGCUACUUACAUUUUCUUUUAUUUCCAGAAGGAGCUCAAAGACUUCAAUAAGGAAAUUGUUAUAUCUGUGAUUUUUCCAUUUGUCUUUCUUUUUAUUACUUGCUCUGUUUUGUAAACAUAUGUCAGAGAAUUGGUGAAUUCAGUCCCAGUUCUCUUUGAGUGAGAACAGAUAUGACUGAAAUGUGAAAGACUGAAUUUUAAUUAGUUGAAUGCCCUUAGAGGUACCCCAGGCAAUGAUGUAAGGUAUUUUUCUUAGCUGAAUAUUUAAUGGCAUUCCUGAACAAUAUUGAUAUAGUUAAUGGACAUAGAUUUAGUGAAAGAAAAGUAAUGUUAUAUCAAUUAUGUGUUAUAUGAUACAAUUACUGUAGGUUAUUGAAAAGCAAUCUCUGUAAAGAAUUGCAUAUUUAACAAAGGACAAAUUGAUAUUUUUGUUUUCUUUACUUUGAACAGUAAAUACAAUUUGGUUUGUUUAUUCAGAGUACUUGUAUUUCACAUUUCAAUUGAAUCAUUAUGAAUGAUUGACAAAUACACUUUCAAUAUCCUGUAAUAUAUUGGUAUAUGUAUUGUGACAGAUGUCCAUCAUUGUAUCAAUUUAUUUUCAUUUUCAGUUUUUCAAAAAUCUUCAACAAAAUCUUUAUCGUAAAUAUACUUUGUGAAAUUGUUUUAUUGUAAGUACAUGUACUAUUGCAGUUUGCCAUUACAAGAAUCAAAAUACAUUGAAAUAAUACAUGUUGGUUUAAUUUCCAGUAAAGUUAGUCAUUUUUCGGCAUUUAAGAUUUUGAAAACAUAUUGCUUUUAAAAGACUUUGAAUUUGUGAAUCAUUCAUAGCAAUCCAUUCUAUUGUCUGGUUUCAUCCGAAUUAAGGACUGGCAUUUACAAAUACCUUUAAAUGAUAGAGAAAAGUUGUGCUGAUAUUGACAAUGUGUAGAAUUUUAUCUACAUAAUAAAUGAGAGGUUUUAUCAGAGUUCUGUUUUGUUAAUCUAUGAACCCAUGGUUUCGAUAUAACUGCAGUAAACACAUAUUAUUUUCUGGAGUCAGUGAAGUCUAUUGUUCUUUAAGAAACCAUAUUCUUCAUUCUUCAGUUUUCAUUAAAAUUUCUAUUGUAUUAAAAAUUAAUGUUCAACAACUUUUAAACAUAUGGAGGAAUCUGUAUUCAAAUGUACAGCUAUCUAAAACUUUAAAGGAAUAAUAUCCUUAAUUACCAAGACAUGUUCAGAAGUUUUGAUUCAUCUGAAAGUCAAUGAUUGAAUAUGGUAUUUUGAAAGAGUUAGUAACAAUAAUUAUUCAUUUGAGUAAUGAAGCUAUGUGCACAUGAUAUGCGCCAUCCAGGUGCCAAUGCACCUAACUAAGGAUUCAAGGAGUCUGAAUAAGAAUCCUAGAAUACUCUGCCAUUAGUUCUUGUGUCCCAUUGAAAUAAAAAAAAUCCCACACCAUUGUUUCCUUUGAGUUUACAGUUUAAUACCAUGAAUUUGAACAUUCAAUAGCUUCAAAAUAUUACUAUGUGCCUUUCACAUUAUCACAGUUAAUGAUGCACUUCAUAAAAUACAAAAAAAUAUAAUCACAUCUAGUUUGAUCACAGAGAAAGUGGACGGAUUGACAUACAUUUCAAAAACAUAGUUUCCAAUUCAAUUUAGAUAUUACAACCUUAACUAAGAAUAAUUUCUAUCAAAAUCACGAGUCGUGAGUUUGUAAAUCUAAC